ACGUUAUUAAGUUGCGGGUAGGUAUAAAUUCUCACCCUCUCUCUCGAGAGAAAGGCGGUGCCACGGGGUACUCGCCCUCUUCUUCUUGUUGCUGAAUAAGUCUGACCUCCAGAUUGCGGGCACCAAGACCACUCCAUCUUACCAUUCGACGACUAAGCGUUGCGUCAAGGACUCGCCAACAUGGUCGGCAAAACUCUUCCCACCGUCCUCACCUUCGCCGUGUCGGUAAUGGGAGCAGCCCUGCCAGGCAUCACCCCUCCCGCCGUCCUCGACCGUGAUCUUUCCCGCCCCGCCGCUCCGACGGAAUAUUCCCUAUCCUGCGCCCACGCCUGGUGCCAGGACGGCACAUCCAUGUGCGGGUACUGGGCCGGCAUCACCAGCUGGGACAUCUCUCACGGGCCCCGCCCCGGCAUGGUCCACACCGCUGUCGGGCCCUGUGCGCCGGGUGUCGCCGAUGCCGAAGCUGACGCCGCCGCCGAGAGCAUUUACGGUAGCCAGACUGAUGCCGAGAAUGAAGAAGAUGCAAGUGCGACUUCGUUCAUUACUUCGCCCACGGUGGUUAGCGACGUCUACGCGGGCACGACGACAGAGCAGGCUGCCGAGACUGCCACCGAGACCGUAGAGUGUGCUAAGAGAUACUGCAACGAGUAUGGAUCGCUCAUUUGCCACUAUUGGGCUGAUGUUACGGCUUGGGAUGUCAACGUGGGGAUCAUCCCUGGCAUGACCGUGACCAACCUGGGACCGUGUCCGACUUAG